CCGUCUUAAAGGAGACUUGAAAGUAGCCAACGCUAAAUCAUAGCCGAUUUGACACUUGAAUCGCAGAAACUUUUCGAUCUCCCUUUUUCGUCUAAAUUCUUCGGAAUUCGGAGAGUAAAAGUAGAAAAAUGCCAAGAACAGCAACUCUAAUAUUGUUUUGUUUACCUCUAUUGGCAAGCUUUUCUGUCUGCUUCUCCGCCAACAUUUUUUCUUUGCGCAAGAAAAAUUCUGAUCGCCUCCUCUCCUCGGCUGUGUUUUCCCUCAAAGGAAAUGUUUAUCCGCUCGGUUACUACUCUGUGUCUAUUAACAUUGGCAAAGGAGAUGAGGCUUUUGAAUUUGAUAUAGACUCUGGCAGUGACCUCACUUGGGUCCAAUGUGAUGCCCCCUGUACAGGUUGCACAAAGCCUCGUGGACAGUUAUAUAAACCUGACCAACAAUGCGUUGACUUGUUUUGAACCAUUGUGUGCGUCGCUUCACUUGACAGCUGACCAACAAUGCGAGUCCGCAGAUGAACAGUGCCAGUAUGAAAUUGAGUAUGCUGACCAUGGAUCCUCGUUGGGUGUGUUGGUCAAUGACCAUUUUCCUUUGAAGCUCACCAAUGGUUCUCUUGCAGCUCCCCGCAUAGCAUUUGGAUGUGGAUAUGAUCAUAAAUAUUCUGUUCCAAACCCACCUCCUCCUACAGCUGGAGUUCUUGGCCUUGGCAACGGUGAAGUUAGCAUUAUCUCGCAACUAAGCAACAUGGGCAUAGUGCGAAACGUUGUAGGCCACUGUCUAAGCGAACAAGGUGGAUUUCUAUUUUUUGGUGAUGAACUCAUACCUUCUUCUGGAGUAGCGUGGACAAGUAUGUCUUCUGAAUCCAUAGAAAAUCACUACUCUUCCGGACCUGCAGAAGUCUAUUUUGGUGGAAAGGCUGCUGGUAUCAAGGGUCUUACAUUAGUUUUUGACAGUGGGAGCUCUUACACUUACUUCACCUCUCAAGUUUACGAUUCCGUUCUUGCUCUGGUGAGAGAUGAUUUGAGAGGAAAACCUCUGGAAGAUGCACCCGAGGAUAAAUCUCUUCCGAUAUGCUGGAGAGGCUCACAACCUUUCAAGUCGUUGCGCGAUGUAAAGAACUACUUCAGGCCCUUGGCAUUGCACUUUACAAAAACUAAGAAUGCUCAAAUUCAACUGCCUCCAGAAUCUUAUCUAAUCGUAACUAAAUAUGGCAAUGUUUGCUUUGGGAUUCUGAAUGGCACUGAAGUUGGACUUGGGGAUCUCAACAUUAUUGGUGAUGUCUCUCUGCAAGAUAAAAUGGUGAUCUAUGACAACGAGCGGCGUAAGAUCGGAUGGUUUUCGACCAGUUGCAACAAAUUUCAAAAGGAAGGCCAAAGUUUUUGUGAACCAGAAGGUCCGCUUAGUAUCCUAUCAGGUAAUUAUUAUGAGUACAUCCCCAAGAUCUUUUAGCGAUGGCUGAGUAUAUUAAUGAAAAAAUAGUUAAAAUGACAGAAACUUGGACAGAAAAUUUUGCAUAUAACAAUGAAGUUUACUGAGUAAGCGUAUACUUUUUUUUUUGUUAGCCAAUAUGCUAGUUGUAUAAUGUACCGAGAUCAUGAAAGAAAAUUCUGUAUAAACGUUCUCGAUUGCGCCCUCGAAAAUUGAGCCUGAUGCUAUAUAGUAUACAAAAUUUCUUUCCGCA